CUAACCGGAAGUCGUAAUGUUUGGUUUUCUGCGCCACUUACACACAGACAGGAAAAGGCACCGAGGCGGAAAAAGUCAAGAUGGCAACUGGUUCAGAGAACGGACUGAAAAGAAUAGUAUGGAAAAGAAUCAAAGAAACGAUUAUUGAAGACUGCAGAAAAUCAGAAGUUUGGAAGAUAUUGAUUCUGGACCAGUUCACCACUAAGCUCCUGUCAUCAUGCUGCAAAAUGUCUGAUCUGAUGCCAGAGAAAAUAACAAUUGUGGAGGACUUGUACAAAAUCAGAGAACCUGUUCUAGAAAUGAAGGCCAUCUACUUUAUGACACCAACAGCUCAGUCUGUGGAUGCCUUUAUUGCAGACUUCAAGCCUAAACCCAAGUACAAAGCAGCAUAUGUUUAUUUCACUGAUUACUGCCCUGAUGACCUCUUCAACAAUAUGAAGCUGUACUGUGCCAAGUAUAUUCGAAUAUGCAAGGAAAUACAUAUGUCCUUCAUGCCUCAUGAAGCACAGGUCUUCACGUGUGAUAAUCCGGGAGCCUUUCAGAGCCUCUACAGUCCCUACAGUCAGGACAGAAAAAAGACACUGGGGAUGCUCGCAGACCAGCUUGUCACGCUCUGUGCCACAUUGGAUGAGUACCCUGGAGUCCGAUACAAAAAAGAUCCCAACAUGGAGUAUGCUAAAAUCCUGGCAGAGUUGGUGGACAACAAGCUGUCCAGACACUAUGAGAUGGAUGACAGCAAUAAGAAAAAGGACAAGACUCAGGCCCAGCUGCUGAUAGUCGAAAGGGGCUUUGACCCUUUCACCCCAAUCCUGCAUGAGCUUACCUACCAGGCCAUGGCCUAUGACCUCGUUGAUAUCCAGAACGCCACAUACAAGUAUAAGUCUAAAGAUGGCUCAGAGAAACAGGCCCUGCUAAAUGAGGAUGACAUGCUCUGGGUUAAACUGAGGCACAAGCACAUUGCUGAGGUUUCUGAACAAAUCCCAAUGAUGGUCAAGGAAAUAUCUGCAAACAAGAAACAACCAGAUGGGAAGAUCACCAUCAACAAUUUAGCCCAAAUGAUGAAAAAGAUGCCUUCAUUCCGUAAACAGCUGACACAGAAAUCUGUUCACCUGCAGUUGGCAGAAGAUUGUAUGAAACAUUUUGCCAACAAUGUUGAGAAACUCUGCAAAGCUGAGCAGGACCUUGCUAUGGGCUCAGAUGUGGAUGGGGUGAAAGUGAAGGAUCCCAUGAGGACUCUGUUGCCAGUGCUGCUGUACCCAUACAGCACCUAUGAUAAAAUCAGAGCUAUGCUGCUUUACAUCUUCAGCGUAAAUGGAACAACAGAUGAGAAUUUGAACAAACUCAUCCAACAUGUGAAGAUUGAAGAUGAAAGGGAAGUUAUCCUAAACUGGAAAGAGCUUGGAGUCCCGAUUAUCACAUCUCCGGGUUUUUUCCAACGCAAGCCUGCCAGACGUGACCGUUCUCAUGAAGAAACAUACAAUCUUUCCAGGUGGACUCCUGGAAUAAAAGAUGUAAUGGAGGAUGCUGUGGAAAACAAACUGGACACUCGGGAAUGGCCACACCAGUCUGAGUGUCCAACUGCUUGGAAUGGUUCUGGAGCAGUCAGCAGGGACAGGGAAGAUCGUUCAAAUUGAUGGGAAGAUGAAUGGAGCAAAAUACAGGACCACUCUGGAAGAAAAACUGUUGGAGUCAGCAAAAGACCUCUGACUGGGACGGAGACUUAUCUUCCAACAGGACAAUGAUCCAAAACAUAAAGCCAAAUCUACAAUGGAAUGGUUCACAAAUAAACAUAUCCAGGUAUUACAAUGACCAAGUCAAAGUCCAGACCUGAAUCCAAUCGAGAAUCUGUGGGGAAGCUGAAGAAUGCUGUUCACAAACGUUUUCCAUCCAACCUCACUGAGGUCAAGCUGUUUUCCAAUGAACAAUGGGCAAGAAUUUCAGUCUCUCGAUGUGCAAAACUGAUAGAGACAAACCACAAGCGACUUGCAGCUGUAAUUGCAGCAAAAGGUGGUGCUACAAAGUAUUAAUGCAAGGGGGCUGAAUAAUAUUCCACGGCCCACUUUUCACGUUUUUUUUUUUUGUUAAAAAAAAGUAUAAACUAUCCAAUAAAUUUCAUUCCACUUCACCAUUGUGUCCCACGCGUUGUUGAUUCUUGAAAAAAAAAUUAUAUUAUAUCUUUAUGUUCAAAGCCUGAAAUGUGGCGAAAGGGUGAAAAGUUCAGGGGGGCCGAAUACUUUCCCAGUAUUUUCUCAGUUUAGACUUUAGUGCAUGCCAAAGGGUCAUAUGUACUUCAAUGCCUGUACUUCUGGACUGGCGGUGUGAGCCUCUGGGAGUGCCGGGUCUGUUUCUCCCUCCACUUCUUGGGUCUGGUUUUCUCCGUGUUUCCCUCCUGGUGGUGGGUGGACUACCAUUCCUGGGUGUACAAGCACGCUAAUUAAUUUUAUAUCUUUAUGUUUGAAGCCUGAAAUGUGGCAGAAGGUUGAAAAGUUCAAGAGGGGCAAAUACUUUC